AUGGGGUCAUGGAGAAGUCGCUAUCCGGGCCUAUCCCAAACAAGCCGCCGACUGGACGGCACUGAUAAAUUGCUCUUCGAUCUGGACGACGCCGUUCAGGAGGACUUUACGCUUGCUCUUCCGCCUACCGAUAGAGUCAGUGAGGCUGAGGUGCUGACUCUCCUCGGUCUCCAAUUACUGAUCCUCGCACUGGAAACUAGAGCCGAAGACACACAAUACACACACGACCCCAUGCUCGCUGCAAACCAGGCAUGCCGCAUGUGGACUCCGAAGCAUUCGUCGACCGAAGGCAGCGACAGUGGUAAAGUCUGA